GUUCCCAGCGCCACGCUUCUUGGAAUUUCGGAAAAUGGACGGCUCAAGCUUGAGCUCGACGGCACAGCGGGCUCAAGCACAUUUCGCGGCGGGCAAGUACGCGGAUGUCGCCGACCUGUUGACACAACUGAGCUCAUGGGAAGACCGAGGCAAGUCGUCUCACGACGACAGGAAAGGAAAGGACAAGAACAGUAGUACUGGGAAUGGCGGUCCCAUGAAGAAUCGUGUUCAGCACAACCUGGCGUUGUCGCAACUAUUGGCGGGGAAGACGAAGUUCACGGAUUUCGAAAGCAUUGUGCUGCAUUUGCUAUCGGAUAUGCAGGUGUCGGUCUCUCAGAUGCAACAGCAGUCGUCGCAAGGUGACAGUCAACCCUCCAGUGUCUUGGGAAUGAAAUUGCGCAAGGACAAUAAGUUUUGGGAAGAAGACCAACUCGAGCUCGAUGGUGCGAUGAGUGCGAGUGCGGCCACCCGAUCCAACGCCUCAAGCUCGUCCAUCUUCAGCGGCGUGAAUCUUUCGUUCCAAACGCUGGCCAUGGAACGUGAUGCGUCUCUGUUGCGAUACAACCUCGCGCUGGUGUAUUUUCGGCAGAAGAAAUACGCGGCGGCGGCAUCUCUGCUGGACGUGUUGUUGCGUGCGAUCGAACCCAUGGACGAAAAUGUGGCGAUGCACAUCUGCUUCCUGUACCUCGACGUGAUUCUUCACAGUAGCCGGAGCAACUCUAUCAUUGAAGCGGCAGCGCCGUCUUCGGCCCUGCGCCAAAAAGCGGAUGCGCUGAUCGCGUACUUAGAAAGCCCGCACACGUUCAACGGCUUGGUGCCGCUUCCAACAUCGGACAAGAAACCAACGAAAGCAUCGGCAGCCGCGGCGGCGGCGCACGAGUCGCACGUCGUCGAGUUCAAAUUUCGACUGCACUUGUACAAGUCGAAACUCGCGCUGUUGCACGACAACUUGAAAGGCGCCAAGAAGGAUGUGAAAACCGCGAUGGAGAUCUAUCAGCGCGACAUCAAGCCCGUCAAGGGCGACGGAAGCAAUGCCGUUGUGUCGCUUCCGCCGAUCGCUGGAGGCGUCGGGUCCAUUUACGUUCCGCCCAAUGCAGCCGUCCAGAACUCGUCGGCGCUGUUCUUAAAGGCGCAACUGGAAUACCUGCGUCGGAACUUCAAAAAGUGCAUCAAGUUGAUCGCGUCGUGCAAACAACAAACUGUCGAUGAGGCGCUGUAUUUGAACAACUUGGGAUGUGUGCAUUCGCAGCUGGGGCACCACCAAGCCGCUCAGUCGUACUUUGCGAAAGCACUGGAAACGUCGUCGCCGUCUCGGCCGUCCUCGAAAGCAUCGGGCAGUAAGACCGCUUCGGACGCCACCACGAAUGCGGCUCAUCAUUUGGCGAGCUCGGCGCAGGCGGAGAUCUUGUACAACAACGGCUUGCAGCUGCUCGUGCUCAAAAAGUACGCGCUUGCAUUUCGGUGCCUCCAUGCCGCGUCCAAGCUCAUGUUCAAUCGACCGAAGCUAUGGCUUCGCCUGGGCGAGUGCUGCACAGCUUCGUACGCUGCCCAGAGGGAAGCUCUGCCGACUGAGUACAAAAACUGCUUGGUGAGCGCAGUCGUCGGCCAUGGUGCCCACCGUCGAAUUGUCCUGCCAACUCGCCCGCCGACGGACGAACCGGCGGCAUCGAUCACAUCGGCAGACAGUUUGCCAUCCACAUCGUCGAGUGCGUCCGAAGUGCCGUCGAUGAGCCUCCCAUUUGCAGUCAAGUGCUUUCGCAACGCGUUGAUCUUGAGCCACCAAGUGUUGGAAUCGAAAGGCGAAUACGUUCGGGCGGCAGGCGAUGCGACGGACGAUGGGGCGCGCAUGUCGUUGGAAGAGUCGUUGGAUUUGCUGCGACAAAAGGCACUCGUGAACCUGGUUUAUGCGUACUUGAGCAUGAACGCACCGGAGUUGGCGAUCAACACGGCAAAGGAGCUGCUUGCGAUGCCCACAUGCACAACUGCCCAUCGAUUCUUGAUUCGGUCGUAUUACGCAGAAGCGCUGUGUAUGCUGUCGCGGUCUGCGGAAGCGACAGCGCAACUCAAACUGAACGACAUGUUGAGCUUGGCGGACGCUUACGCACGGGAAGCUAAGACUGACACAGCGACCGUACAUGCACAUCUGCACGUAAACAACGCUACAACUGCCAUCUUGCAGAAAAACAUGCCACAGGCCGAGCAGAGCGUGGCCCAGGCAGUUCGGCUCGCUCCUUCGUCGCGCCAUUCGCUCGAGAUGUUGGUUUACAUCCUCCUGAGGAAAGGCAAUUCGAAGAAUGCGAUGCAAAUCCUCAAGGAGGCGCGUAUUGUCACGUAGAUAAAUGUCAACGUGGUAGCCCUUCACUUACUCGUCUGCCACGGUGCAGACAUCAUCUCCUUCUCCCAUGCGCGGGACGGUGUCGUCGUCCGUUGAAAU